AAAUUUAAAGAAAAACAACAAAAACAAUAAGUGACAACUUUUAUCUCUUUCUACCUUUUUGACUUAUUUUUUUUCUCCUUCAACAAAGGAAUAAACAAACUUGUGGAUAUGUCUUUAUCAACAUACUCACAGCUGAUAUAGUCAGCUAAGUUACCACUCUAGCUAGGAGGACUACUAUACUUAUGGUGCAUAUAUAAGUUGGAGCAAACCAGCUACUGCAUGAGUGAGAAGAGAUCAAACUUUAGGAAAAGCUCUCCAUUUUUGUAGUGAAUUGCUGCAGAGCAGAUUUGUUUGAUUUCUUUUUUAUUGUCGGCUCGUUGUUGAUCAAUACCAAAAUGUGCAUUUCCGUGUUCCUGUGGCAGUCCCACCCUAUGUACCCGUUUCUUCUCUUGCUCAACAGAGAUGAAUACCACAACAGGCCUACGAAACCGGUGGGAUGGUGGGAAUGCGGUGAAAUAUUAGGCGGAAAAGAUGAAGUUGCUGGCGGAACAUGGUUGGCCUGUUCGAGACAAGGUAAAGUGGCUUUUCUAACAAAUGUGCUGGAGCUGCAUACCCUCCCUGAGGCUAAAAGCAGAGGAGAUCUCGUCAUUCGUUUCCUUGAGAGCAAUAAGAGUCCCAAAGCCUUUGCAGAGGAGUUGGUUGAAGAAGGAAAUCAGUACAAUGGAUUUAACCUUAUUGUAGCUGAUCUUGCUUCCAAAUCCAUGGUUCAUGUCUCAAACAGGCCUAAAGGAGAGCCUGUUUCAAUUCAAGAAGUUCUUCCAGGCAUUCAUGUCCUUUCCAAUGCAACGCUCAACUCUCCAUGGCCUAAGGCGGAGCGCUUGGAGAGGAGCUUCAAACUGCAACUGGAUCAAUACGGUGAAGGGGAGAUCCCGGUGGAAGAGAUGGUGGAGAAGCUAAUGAGGGACAGAGUGAAAGCUGAUAAGAGCAAGCUACCAAAUAUAUGUUCUCCUGACUGGGAACUUGACUUAAGCUCCAUAUUUGUUGAAGUAGACACUCCACUGGGGAAGUACGGCACCAGAAGCUCCGCUGCAUUGACUGUAAAAGGUAGCGGAGAAACCAGCUUCUAUGAGGUUUAUCUUGACGGAGACGUAUGGAAGCAGCACACCUUGAACUACAACAUUCAGAAACUGUAAUUUUAGUGAUAUAAGUUGUCAACAAACUUCAUUAACUAUUGUUCCCUGAAAAAAAAAAAAAAAAAAAGAACGUAUUAAGUGAGAUCAGUUCAUAUUGUUAGUUUUACUAUAUUGUUUAAGGAUGUUUGAAUCAAAGUCUAGUAAUAAAUGGACCAUAACAAUUGUACGUUGUCUGUAUCCUGAAUGUCCAUAGAAAUAAUAUAUGUUAAACGGGUUUCUCCAUUCUUGUGUAUUA